AUGGCGCCCUUGCGAUCAGGUGACUCCACGCGGGCCGGCGUCUUAGUCAGGCUCUGCACCCCGGAAGGGCAGCGAUCGGCAGCUCCCGACCAAUGCGAGCGCAGCGAUGCGAGCGCAGCGAUCCUCGCUUAUGCACGAGACGCCCGGUCCGGCCCAUCGUUCGCCUCGCCGCGCCAAGCCAACAGCGGAACCGGCGCGGAGCCAUCCGCUGUGCCGGGGUUACCAAUCCUGCGGCCUGGAGCCCCGACCCGACAAUCCGCGCCAAUCGAUCGCGGCGGGAAAUUGGGACAAGGGGGCCGUCCCGGUGCUUGGGCCUUGGGCCUUGGUCUCGCCCUGCCACCUUGCCCUUGGGUCUUCUUCUCCCCUCCUCCAGUGCUGGUCGCCCUCAUCCUCCGUGUCCAUACAGCAGUCGCCAUGGCCUGCUUCACUCAGCUACGUGAGAAGGUGCCUACGUGGAUCGAAGAAACCAAUGGGUUGAUGGCCCACGUGCACGCCAAACGGGCCGAGUUCGCCAAGGCAUGGGCCAGCCUCCCUUCUCGCAAACGGAGGGCCCCCGACACCAUAUACAGCAGGAGUCACCGCACGCUGAGGACGGCGAACGGGCACUACCGCUCGCAUACGGCCAGACCAUCUACCCUCUACGCUGGUUCGAAGAGGAACAAGGUUGACAGCUGGUCUCCGUCGCCAGAGCUCGCCGUCUUCUACGAUGGGCACACGCAGAAGGUGCUGGAGGAGAUGGUGCGACAGAUCUGGUCCGCAAAAAGCAGCCUUCGACAGGCGCGCAUCUCCCACACGAUGAAGACGACAUUCCGGGGGAAGUCUAACGAGAAUGCCACCGCCAACCAACCAUCAAGGCGUGGAAUCGCGAAAGAAAGCCCAUUUGACUUUGUCGACGGGCAGCUAAACACCGCCCAAGGUCUCUGCGAAAGCGGAGCAUAUCGAUUCCUCCGCGAGGGGGACUGUCUGGACGAACUGGACGGACUCGUCCAAGCGUUUGAGAUGAUUCUCGAAGCGUCAGAGACCAUAGCGGAGCGGCUGGAAGCCGAAGAACGCAAGUUGGGAGAGCAGGAAGAGCAAGAACGACAAGCUGCCAACCAAGAAGAAGGAAAAUGCCCAGUUCCCGCCCGGACUGGAGGCACCGACGAUCCGUCCAAACCCGGAGAUGAUAUUCUCGAGGUGGACGACAACUCAUCGACGUCGUCCGUCGAGAUCGAUAUCACUGCCUUUCGACUCAACCGGUUUGGUCGGGGAAUUCCUUCGUACUAUCCACGAUAA